AUGACGGGGCCAGCACUGAGCAGCGCAGGGCCCGACACGGUGGUUGUCGCCUCCUUUUUUGCGGAGCCGCAAAGGGACCCAGACCAAGCCGCAGAAGGUCCUGCCGUCGAGGCGCCAGCUGUCGCCACCUCACCGUCGGCUGGCGCUGAUGAGACAACUCACAAACGCCGGGCCGACGACAACGACGCUGCCUCUCCUCGCAAGAAGGCCAGGAACGACCAAUCAGAGGGAGAGGCAUCGGAUGGCGUUGACGAAGGGGAGGUGAAUUCUGACGCAGAGUCCAAGGCAAGCGCUUCAACAAAGCAGGCUGGCCAGACCUGGAACAGCGGCGUCACCACUCAGCUCCGCACCUCAUUUGGAACUUCUUCCAAGUCGAAUGCUGCUAAACCUCCACCUAAGCUUACACCUACUCUUGCGCAACAACGUCCUUCCUCUCCUGAACAGCUGACUCCAGAGAUUCGCAAGGAGCUGGUUGCCGCUAUCCAAGCGGGUGCGACCACCACUUUCCCGCCAGUCGAGGAGCAUGAGCGCUCCUGGAAAAUACCUGCAUUCAAAGCCAACUUCAAGGGACAAACUUGGGACGGAAUAUUCAAAUCGAUGUUUGAUCAGUGGUCUGCAGAUUUUGUCACUAAGAACCAAGGAAAUAUCGCUGAAGUUGGGCUCGACCCCUUGUUCUUGAAGAGCUUAUAUCUUCGAACGCUUGAGGAAUCAGUGCCUGGCGCGAAUCCAAUGCUGGUCUCCUUCACUCAAGAUCAACUAAACCGUACCUCUAAACGUAGCCCGCUGAGACAGGUUGCAAAAGGAUGGACAGAUCGGAAACGCGCGAAGCGAGAGGCCAAAGAACGGGCUAAGGAAAAAAUCGAGCAAGAAAGCAAACAACCACCAGAGCAGCCGCCGACGAGACAAACGAGAAGUUCUGCCAGGAUGAAGGAGACUAUAGAGAGUGACGCAGGCAAAUCGACGAGCUCUGCUGAUCGGAAGUCUUCUGCAGCAUCCUCCGUACCUUCCUUUCCCGAUCUUCCGCUGGCUCCACCCUCAGAGCUUGCUGCUUCUCAACAGUCUCCCGCGGUCGCUGGAGAGGAUGUCCCAAUGGACGAGGACGACGGCGACGAUGAAAAUGACAAGGAUUGGAAGCCCAGUAACAUGAAUUCAGCUCAAACGAAGACUGGGAGUGAGACAUCCCCUUCUUUCCCAACGGAAGCCGCACUUGAGCAGCGUCAUCGCUAUUUUCCAGGUGUUCCAGAUGAUGCUGUCUUCUGCCUCACUUGUGCCACCUACGGUCACAACACACCAGAUUGUCCAGAGACAACCUGCAAGUUCUGCCAGCAAGACCACUUCUCUUACUCGUGUCCAUCUCGACAGAGAUGUGCAAAAUGCAAGCAGCUUGGUCACACCAAAGCCACAUGCAAGGAGAAACUUGCAAUGGUUGCAGGCGAAGGCUUCAUGGAGUGUGCCUUUUGCCAAGCCCAAGACCACCAGGAGGAGCAAUGUCCCGAGAUUUGGGAAACCUAUCGACCACAGGUAGGCCAAAUCAAGCAGGUCAGGUCCGUUCCCACCUUUUGCUACUGUUGUGGGGCAGAAGGCCACUUCGGCACGGACUGCGGUCUUGCCGAUCCCAAGGUGCCUCCCAGCGCGACGUGGAGCAACGCAGGAGCAUCUCUGUACGUCGACCCUACGAGCUCAGAGGAAGCCAUCGCGUUCCAAAACCCCAUGCCGGCAGCCCAGGCGAUCUCGGCGCCCAUCAUUCCGGGUCGGAGUAUCAAGCCACAAUCGCAUAUCAUAUUCGAGGACAGCGGCGAUGAGGAUAAUGGCAGCCAAGGAUUUCUCAGAGCACCUGCUACCGGACCGCGACGCCCAGGUCAGAUUCAGAUAACAUCGAACAUCAACUUUGGGGGCUCGGCCGGUCCUUCGGCUCAGAAUGGCGGCGGUGGCCAGCAGGACUCAACGAAUUCGAAGCAGCGGCGGAAGCAACGCGGGCAGAACGCGCCAGCUUCUCUGCCUCCCAAGCCCCAGGUCGCACCGUCCGCUCCUGCUACUGCACCGCAGGCUUCUAGGAAGGGCAAGAAGAACAACAAGAAGAGCGGAAAGACCUCUCAGCAGCAGCAACAGCAGCAGCAGCAGCCACCGCUGCCGCCUGGGCCACCGCCUGGAGGCCGCAACGGCUGGCGGCCCCCGGAGUUUCAGGCACGAGGUGGUAACAGCACAAGGGGACGAGGGGGCUUCAGCAGCCUGAGUAGAGGCGGUGGCGGUGGCGGUCGUCGUGGCGGCGGACGGAACUGA